AUGGUAUCUGGCACCGAUCGGCUGAAUCAGAAUUAUGAUCCUGCUCUGGUUUCGCUAUUUGCUCAGUCACUGGGCGCUGUGAAAACUGCCGCCAGACCAGCUCCUCAGUCAGAGAGCCAAUCUGCCAUGACUCGCACUACCAAAGCCAGCAAACCCUUAAAUGAUGCAGACAGUAAGGGAAAUGACCUUUGUAUGGAGACAUUCAUGGAACAGGUUCCUAUAAGCUUCUCAAAUAUUGAAGAUUCCAAGGCAUUUAUCCCCGGCAGCGGUACAGCAAAAGGCUCCAGCCGAAAGCGGAAGCGAAAGGACGCAGAAGAUGACCUUGAGAGUAGAUAUAUGAGCCAAUUGGCUGAGGAGCAGAUCAAGGAGGACCAGAACCGAGCCCGAACCUUCCACAUUGAAAGUCAGAAAAUAGAGACCCGAGGAGUCGCGAAUGGAGACAUAGGCUCUCCCCAUGAAGACGGCGAGUCUACCUCAGACCCCGACACUGUGACUGGCGGCGAGGACGAAUUUGCUGUAGGGGAUUUACCGCAGCAUGAAAGUUUAAUCAAGUCAAGAGAAGACUUGGAUCUGGAAAAGUCAUCGCGGACUGUCUUCCUCGCCAAUGUCUCUACUAUGGCUAUAAAAUCAAAAAAAGCCAAGAAAACACUGAUGGACCAUCUUACCUCAUUCACCUCCUCGGUACCUGGAAGGAACCGCGGACAUGGUAUUGAAUCCCUACGCUUCAGAUCUACUGCUUUCGCAGCUAGUGGGAUCCCGAAAAAAGCAGCCUUUGUAAAAAAGGAGAUCAUGGAUACUACCACAAAAUCCACGAACGCCUAUGUUGUCUACACUACACAACUGGCCGCCAGAGAAGCAGCCACGAGGUUGAAUGGUAGCAUUGUGCUUGAACGUCAUCUACGCGUGGACUCCGUCGCUCAUCCUGCAAAGAUCGAUCAUGGAAGAUGCGUCUUCGUUGGCAAUCUUGGGUUCGUAGAUGAUGAGACGAACAUCAGAGCUGCCGAGGACGAGGAGAACAACAAACGGCCACGCAAAGCGAAAGAACCAGCAGAUGUUGAGGAAGGCCUAUGGAGGCAAUUCGAAAAGGCCGGGACUGUAGAGAGUGUGAGGGUUGUCAGGGAUAAGACGACGCGAGUGGGCAAAGGAUUUGCAUAUGUUCAAUUCAAGGAUGCAAAUUCCGUUGAGAAGGCACUUCUUUACCACGAGAAGAAAUUCCCACCAAGGCUCCCACGCAUUCUGAGGGUCACCAGAGCAAAGUACACGAAAAACGCAGCUAACCGCAAAGAGAGACCGUCCCUACGAAAUGUGGAAUCGACCAAAUAUAGACAAAAGAUCCCCUCGCAACUUCAGUCAUUGACAGGCCGAGCUCACAAGCUGCUUGGGCGUGCAGGUGCGGCUAAGCUUAGAGCUCCUGGAGGGCAGCCUAGAUCUUCGUCCAAGAGUGUCAGUAGCGUCGCUAAGUCCCCUGAAUCGAUAAUAUUUGAGGGUUUUCGGGCAUCUAGCAGGCAUGGAAAGGGAACGCUGAAAACAGUCGGGAAAAAGCAUGGCAAGCCUUCGAAGAGGAGUAAAGAUUUCAAGGCGAAGGGCAGGAAGAAGACAAAGCAAUGA